CCCUUUCCUCCUCCUCCUCCCUCUCAACGCCCCCGAAAAUAGCAGCCCAGCGUGUUCAAUGUAAACCCAAAUUACGGUUUAUCCAAGCGGAGCUGCCGAUUGAGAGCGUCUCCAAGAAACACGUCCCGGGACGAAAAAGAUUGUGCUGGGUGACUGCUGAAGAGCAUAUGGUGCGUGGAGACCAGUGAAAGUGUGCAUACCAGAAGAAGGACUAGCACAAUGUGCUAGAAGAACAAAGUGUGUGUUUGUGUGUGUGUAUGCGUGUGUGUGCGUGUAUGUGUGCGAGUGUGUGUUUUCAUUUGUCCGAUAUCGUCAGCGAAGUCAAGUGAAGAGACGGGAAAAAGGACGAGGAGGAGACAUGGGGCGGAAGAAGAUACAGAUCACCAGGAUAAUGGAUGAAAGGAACAGACAGGUUACUUUCACAAAGAGGAAGUUCGGCCUGAUGAAGAAGGCCUAUGAACUGAGCGUGCUGUGUGACUGCGAGAUUGCCCUCAUUAUUUUCAACAGCUCCAACAAGCUGUUCCAGUACGCCAGCACGGACAUGGACAAAGUGCUCCUCAAGUACACAGAGUACAACGAGCCCCACGAGAGCAGAACCAACUCAGACAUUGUGGAGAAAUUAAGAAACAAAGGCCAUAAUGACUGUGCUAGCCCUGAUCCCGAAGACUGUUUCGGGCACAGCCCCCUCACUGAUGACCAAUUCGGCAAACUAAGCGAAGAGAGCGAUUUAAUGUACAAGCGCUGCGGUGCGCUAAACAAGAAAGAACACAGAGGUUGCGAUAGCCCGGACCCUGACGCCUCGUAUGUCCUCACUCCUCAUACUGAAGAAAAGUAUAAAAAAAUUAAUGAGGAGUUUGAUAAUAUGAUGAGAAAUCAUAAAAUCCCCACAGCGUUGCCUCAGCAGAACUUCUCCAUGCAUGUGGCCGUGCCCGUGUCAAACCCCAACGCCAUGUACCAGCCCGGAGGCGUGACUCUGAACAGCCAGAGUUUAGCGGUGGCCGCAGCCUCCCUCGGUGACAACGGGAUGCUGUCUCCCCAGCAGGCUUCCUUGCAUAGGAACGUGGGCUCCAGCGGAGGCCCCCAGAGAUCCACCAGCACAGGCAGCAACGGCUUCAGCAACCCCAGGGGAUCCCCGGGCCUCCUCGCUGCACCCAGUGGCAACGGCCUGGGUAAAGUCCUGCCCACCAAGUCCCCGCCGCCCCCCGGUGGGAGCAUGGGAAUGGGAGGCCGCAAGCCAGACCUGAGGGUUGUCAUCCCUCCAUCGAGCAAAGGGAUGAUGCCCCCACUUAACACCCAAAGGAUAAGCAGCUCCCAGGCCACCCAGCCACUGGCCACCCCAGUGGUAUCUGUCACCACACCCAGCUUACCUCCGCAGGGCCUGGUCUACUCGGGCAUGCCCACCUCCUACAACCCUGCUGAUUAUUCCCUGAGCAGUGCAGAGCUCUCCUCCCUGCAGGGAUUCAGCUCUCCCGGUCUGUCGCUGGGCUCCAUGUCAGCAUGGCAACAGCAUCAACUUGGCCAAGCAGCGCUUAAUUCUUUGGCGAGCGGCGGAGGGCACCUACCUCAGGGCUCCAACCUCUCCAUCAGCACGAGCCAGAGUAUCAACAUUAAGUCUGAGCCCAUCUCACCACCGCGGGAGCGCGUCACCCCCUCCGGCUUCCCGCCCCAGCAGCAGCAACAGCAACACGGCCCCGGCCGGCAUCAGGAGGGCCUUGGACGCUCGCCCGCCGAUAGCCUCAGCUCCUCCUGCAGCUCCUACGACGGCAGCGACCGCGAGGAUCACCGGGUGGACUUCCACUCGCCCCUCGGCCUGGGCAGAGCACCGGCGCCCGGCGACAGGGAAAGUCCCUCUGUCAAGCGCCUGCGCAUGGAUGCGUGGGUGACAUAGAGC